AUGGCAAGCAAGAAGAAAUAAAUUCAAUUCCAGUCCAUAAUAACCAAUAAAACCAGUGCGAUGAAAUGUUGCUGACCAAAGGUGUAGUAGUAAUAGAUGUGUAUCAGGCUUGUUGUGGUCCCUGCAAAGCUAUGGUGGGUUUAUUCAGACAACUGAAGAACGACUUUGGUGAAGAUGAUGUGUUGCACUUUGCAGUGGCAGAGGCUGACAGCAUUUCCACUCUGCAACCAUUUAGGAACAAUUGUGAACCUGUGUUUCUCUUUUGUGUUUUAAGUACAUCACGUCAGUUUCUUCUAAUUUUCCCAGAAGAACUAACCAGAUAUUCUGCUGGAAUUAUAAAACCUGAUGCUGUCUUAACGGGAUGUGUAGAAGAAAUUAAACAAAAGAUUGCAAAUGCAGGAUUUGGCAUUGAAGCAGCAGAGGAGAGAAUGUUAACUGAAGAGCAAAUCAGAGUAUUCUAUGCCUGGAAUAAAGAACAGCCUGAUUUUGAAGACUUUGUUCAAUUCAUGAUGAAUGGACCGUGCCAUGUUUUGGUGAUCACUAAAAAAGAAACAACUAAUGCUAUUCCUCACUGGAAAGAACUGUGUCAAUUGGAUGAGAGAGAGCCUGAUGAAUCUGAGGCUGAGAAGUUGGAAGAAACCAUGCAAAAUGAGAGUCUAUUAAAUCUAUGUGAUGUAUAAGACAGUGCAGAAGCCAGCAGGCAACUUGCCUUUUCCCCAAAUUUUCCUAAAAUGCACACAGACCAGAAAGUUGAAAAGACUUUGGCUUUAAUUAGACCUCUCUUAAAGAAAAGAAGAGAUUCUGACUUGGAAAGAAUAAAGGCUGAUGGCUUCGAAAUAGCAAUGCAGAAAGAAAUAAUCCUAUCUGAAGAACAAAUACACAACUUUUACAAAGAACAUGAAAAUCAAGACUACUUCCCAGUCCUUCUAGAGCAAAUGGCCAGUCCAAUUCUUGUACUUGCUUUAUCACAAGAAAAUGCUAUAGCAUGCUGCAGAGAUUUGUUAGGCUCAAAGACUGUUGAGGAGGCUAAGAAGGAAAAUCCAGACAGUUUACGUGCAAUGUAUGCAGUUGACAACACACCUAUUUGUCAGCUGCAUGGUAGUUCUACACCCGAUGAUGCUCAGAAGAAAUUGGAGUUCUUCUUCCCUCAGGAACACACAUCGGCAUUAAUUAAACCUGCUGCUAAUAAGAAGCAUAAAUACGACAUUAUGCAAAAAGUUAAACAUGCUGGAUUUGCCAUCUCAAAGAUUACAGAAAAAGCUUUAACCUAUGAAAUAGCUGCACAGUUUUAUGCAAAUCACAAUAGAAAACCCUUUUUUGAAGACUUACUGAAUUGUAUGACUGAGGGCCUAUCAGUGAUAAUGGUCUUAAUAAAGGAAAAUGCUGUGGAAGAGUGGAGGCAACUAAUUGGUCCAACCGAUCCAGACAACGCAAAAGAGAUCUCUCCUGAAUCAAUUCAAGCUCAGUUUGCACAAGAUAUUUUGUGUAAUGCUGUUCAUGGAUCAUCUGAUAGAGAACAUGCGCUGAAAAGUAUUGAGUACCUAUUUGGACAGAUUGAUAUAGACUGA